CUUUAAUCUCUAUCAGCGCCUCCAUUAUGAAAUUGAGACAUCACUACAUCAGCACCUCCAAUAGGAUUAUAUUAUAGGAGCAAGAGCAACCUCUCCUCUCAACCACUCUCCCUCUCUCCAUAUAACCAGAGUGAUACAUAUCUACACACAUGCUGCAGAUAUCACAUACAUGGCUAGACAGACAUUACAUUUGGAUCGAUCGGUAGCAAGUAGGAGAUAGCAAGGAAGAAGAGGAUAUACGGUGUAAUAUGGAAGAGGACUACGUGUUCAAGAUCGUGGUGAUCGGCGACUCCGCGGUGGGGAAGACGCAGCUGCUGGGGCGCUUCACCCGCGACGAGUUCUGUUUCGACUCCAAGUCCACCAUCGGCAUCGAGUUCCAGACACGCACCGUGGACAUCGCCCGCAAGCGCGUCAAGGCGCAGAUCUGGGACACCGCCGGACAGGAGAGGUACCAUCUCCUUUUCAUAGUCUCAUGCUGUAGCGGAGCCAGGUACAGGGCGGUGACGAGCGCCUACUACCGGGGCGCGCUGGGGGCGAUGCUGGUGUACGACAUCACCAAGCGCCACACCUUCGAGCACGCCGCGCGGUGGGUCCACGAGCUCCGCGCCCACGCCGACAAGUCCAUCGUUGUCAUGCUCAUCGGCAACAAGGCCGACCUCGGCGUUGACGGCGGCCGCGCGGUCGACGCCGGCGAGGCGGCCGCCUUCGCCGAGGAGCAGGGGCUCUUCUUCUCGGAGGCCUCAGCGCUCAGCGGGGAGAACGUGGAGCGCGCCUUCCUCAGGCUGCUCGAGGAGAUCCACGCCAACGUGUCCAGGAAGUCGCUGGAGACGGAGGACGAGGUGGCCGUGAACGGCCGAGAGUAUGGUGCCGUUGAUGUGCUGAUGCUCAAGGGCACUAAGCUGUCGCUGUCUGAAGAGAUGUCCAUCAUGGAGACGAGCGCCAUAAGGAGAGCGAGCAGGUGCUCGUGCUCGUGAUGGUUGCUCAUGGCUGACGGCCACCGAUCACUGAACUGCUCAAGUAUCAAUGUUUCACGGCAACCUGCUUCGAUCGGAUCAACCCUUGAAAGCUUGCGUGGUUACAGUUCGAAAAAGAACUCAACAAAUUCUUGAGUGAAUGGACACAAACGUGCCUCUGCCUCAUCAUAGUAUUGAUUUCAAGCCUCAACACUUUGUGCUCUGAAAGAAAUUUAUUGACAGGAGAUACAAGGGAUGAAAAGACAAGCGUGCCUCAUCGUAAUAUCUCUUUUCAAGGAUCAACAGUUUGCGUUAUGAAAUAAUUUCUCUUUGACAGAUAUAAAUAAAUGUAAAUAAUCAGACAAAAAUACGUUUGUGAACGUUGGAAUGGAAGAGCUUUUUUCUUCA